ACGCCUCUCUCUCUCGGUAUGGCGGACGGCGAGAGGUCCCCGUUACUAUCGGAUCUGGGAGACGGCGCUCUCGGCAGCGGAAACGGCGGAGUGUCGCCCGGAGCGGCGCCCUACUGUGUGCCCAACAAACCAGACAGCUUCCCUCCUUUCCCCAGCCCAACCCAGCCCUCAGUGCUCCACGGUGAGGACCCUCCACCCUACUCCCCUCUCACCUCCCCAGAGAGCGGAAGCGCCCCGGUAAUAAACUGCCGGGUUUGUCAAAGCCUAAUUUCCGUAGAGGGCAAGGUCCACCAGCACGUGGUGAAGUGUGGGGUCUGCAAUGAGGCUACGCCCAUUAAGAAUGCUCCAGCGGGGAAGAAGUACGUGCGCUGCCCCUGCAACUGUCUGCUCAUCUGCAAAGUCACCUCCCAGAGGAUCGCCUGUCCUCGGCCGUACUGUAAGAGGAUAAUCAACCUUGGUCCAGUCCACCCUGGUCCGGCCAGUCCUGACCCCCAGCCAGCUGGGGCCCGAGUCUCCUGUGGACACUGCAGCAACACCUUCCUGUGGACAGAGUUUACGGAUAGGACGCUGGCCCGAUGCCCACACUGCAGGAAAGUCUCCUCCAUUGGUCAGAGGUAUCCCCGGAGGCGAAGCCUGUGGUGCUUUCUACUGUGCCUGGUGUUUAGCGUCUCCACUGCGGGGCUGAUGGCCGGUACGUGGGUCAGGGCGCAGACCUACCAGGGUAUCUACGCCUCCUGGGCCGCGCUUCUCCUCCUGGUUGUCCUCAGCCUGGGCCGGGCGCUCUACUGGGCCUGCAUGAGGGUCAGCCAGCCCCUGCAGAACUUCACAUAAACCCUGCAGCAUCCUGCCCCCAACCCACCAAAUGGCAGUAGAGACAGCUUUAAACAAACAACAACAAAAACAUAAAAGAAUAUUUAUUUAAAUCCAGUCCCAGAAAAAAACGAAACAUUCUCCUCCCUCUCCUCCCCCUUCCCUUUUAGUCAUUGUUCAUGUAUUUCUAAAAUGGAUUGCUACCAAUUGACAAGGUGGCUCUGACUGCCACAUAUCCAUCAAUGGUUACACUGAUGCAUAUAUAUAUAGUAUAUAGAUGGCACGGUGGCGCAGUGGUUAGCGCGGUUGCCUCACAGCAAGAAGGUCCUGGCUUCGAGCCCCGGGGUUGUUCAACCUUGGGGGUCAUCCCGGGUCAUCCUCUGUGUGGAGUUUGCAUGUUCUCCCCGUGUCUGUGUGGGUUUUCUCCGGGUGCUCCGGUUUCCUCCCACAGUCCAAAGACAUGAAGUUCAGGUGAAUCGGCCAUACUAAAUUGUCCCUAGGUGUGUGUGUGUGUGUGUGUAUAUAUGUGCACGUAUACGUUUUACCCUGUGAUGGUCUGGCUGCCUGUCCCAGGGUGUCUCCCCGCCUGCCACCCAAUGACUGCUGGGAUAGGCUCCAGCAUCCCCGCAACCCUGAGAGCAGGAUAAGCGGUUUGGAUAAUGAAUGAAUGAAUAUAUAUAGUGCGCCAGU